AUGUUACUGUGUUUAUUUCUUGUAAAUAUCGUAAUACCAGUGAUAGCAAAUAUAGCAGAAAACGGACUCUUCCCAUGCAGUUCUGAUCACGCAGUUAAUAAAUUUAACGAGUUCAAAUGCCAGAAUGGGACUUGUAUCGACUUAAAACACGUGUGUGAUGGAGUUCAGCACUGUCCGGAUGCAAGCGAUGAGGAUUUCUGCAAAUACUUUAGAUUCAAACGUGCAAACGCCUGUAUUCUACCCGCAUAUCCUAGCUAUGGAAUAUAUGAAGUUUCAAAUAAUUUGAAUGCCCGCCCUGGACAGAGACUAGACAGUUUCUUACUGACUGUGCGUUGUAGACGAGGGUAUGGAGUAGUCAAUAGGGAUGGAUCUACUGGAAGCAGUGGUAAAGCCUUCUGCGUCAAUGGAGUAUGGGAUCAGAACAUGCCACAAUGUGUUCGUUUCUGCAGACUUAAUCCGGAUCCCAGUGUUCGAUACAUGUGCCACAUGCCAGGAGUGGGACUCCGGGUCUGUGGCAACUACGUGGCUCCAGGCACGUUGGUCAGCCCUGUCUGCAAUACUCCUAUCUACUACUCCACUAAAAGUUUGCAGAAUAUGAAGUGUACAAGUGGAUUUUGGAAUUAUGUUGCUCAGUGUGAAGUAGAAUGUGGUCGAGUAACACCUGAAGGUUUUCAGCUGAUAAUUGACGGAAAAGAAGCAAAGCGAGGAGAACUGCCAUGGCAUGUUGGUAUUUACAGGAACAAAUCGAAUUCUCCUGAGCAGAUCUGUGGCGGAUCCCUCAUCUCCAAUAAUGUGGUUAUAUCAGCUGCCCACUGUUUCUGGAGUGACGUGAGGAAAGUGCUCCCUGCCUCUGAUUACAAAGUAGCAAUUGGCAAACUCUACCGUUCGUGGGACAGUGAGGAGGAAGUUGGUGUGCAGAAAUCUGAUGUAAAACAUAUAAAAAUUCCGACUUUAUUUGAAGGUGAGUCGGCCAAUUUCCAAGAAGACAUAGCUGUUUUGAUUUUGGUCACCCCUUUUAUCUACAAGACCUACAUCAGACCUGUGUGCCUUAAUUUCGACGUUAACUUCGAAAGGUGGCAGCUGCAGCAUGACAACUUGGGAAAGGUUGCUGGCUGGGGUCUGACAGCAGCCAACGGAAAUGCUUCACCAACCCUUAAAGUAGUUGACAUGCCUUUUGUCGCCGAGGUCAUCUGCAUCAAAACUCUGCCACAGUCUUUCAGAGAGUACUUAACUGGAGAUAAGUUUUGUGCAGGAUAUACCAAUGGUACCGCUUUGUGUAAAGGCGACAGUGGAGGUGGCCUGGCAUUUGCUGACCGAGAAUUGGGCAUCGAUAGAUUCUACCUGAGAGGCAUCGUGUCUGCAGCUCCGAGGAAUGAUGACAAAAAGUGCAAUGACAAUGCUUAUACCACCUUUACAAAGAUCACGAAACACCAGGAUUUGAUCAAUGAAGCGCUUGCCGAGAGUGCCAGCCGGAGUUGUCCCUUUUACUCGUUUCAAUGUGAUGAUGGAACUUGCGUGGAUCUGGGAGCUGAUUGUAAUGGGAAAGAAGAUUGUGCUGAUGGAUCUGAUGAGUCGGACGAAUUGUGUAGACCUGUAGUAGUUUCUUCCAAUCCGUCUGAAGAGACAGGUUCCUGUGUAUUGCCAUCAUAUCCUGGUAAUGGUAGAUACGUAGUCCAAAAUGUCAUGCCAGUGAAUGCCGUCAUGCCAAUGGAUGCCAGACCUGGGCAACGACUAGAAAGCUUCGUCUUGACAAUAAUUUGUUCAGAAGGGUAUGAUAUAAUGCAAGCAAAUGGUGUAAUAACAAGGGACAAGGAGAUACACUGCUACAACGGAGUAGUGUCUGAACAGAUGCCAAAAUGUGUUCCUGCUGACUGCAUAUGGGAAGGCAUCAGGGGUCAAUGUGUUCCUUCUAGUGAAUGCCUGUCUGCUCUGGAUGACAGUCUGAAAAGACCAGCGCUCCAACGCUGCUCUAGUUCAUCGGAUAAAACGCCUUCGGUGUGCUGUACGGAUUGUGAAUUAAUAAAAGACAGCAGUUUGUUAUUGACCAAUCCAGUUUUAGGAAUCUUGGUUAAAACAGGCACCAGUAAGGCAAAAGAUAAAUGCCUAGAAUAUAUUAACACUCUGGACUAUCCUUGCAAAAAAGACAGUUCUCUGCGCAAUAUCACAGUUCAAUUGGACCCUGUUAAAAAUUGUUAUCGCAAAGUUAAUGUACAACCAAGUCGAACGCACUAUAAGGGUAGAAGAGACGCCUUAAGGGAAGAGUUUCCACAUAUGGCUUUAUUGGGGUUCGAAACACCCGAAAAAACUGAUUGGAAGUGUAAUGGAGCAGUCAUUAGUGAAAGGUUCGUUCUCACUGCAGCGCACUGCCUGAUAGACCGGUUGGCCGGUCCUGUGAAAUAUAUUGCCGUGGGUAUGCUAAAACGCUCUGAUCCACCUCGGUUAUGGCAGCGGUACAACGUGAAGAGGGCUAUUCCUCAUCCGAAAUACAUCGCACCAUAUAGGUAUCACGACAUUGCCUUGCUGGAAACGGACAAAGAAAUUGCAUUCAGUAGAGCAGUCCUUCCAGCUUGUCUCCAGGUCGACGAUGAAAGCGAUACGGAUGCUUACUUCACAGGAUGGGCGCGCCGAUAUAGUGAGGGUUUCAGCGUCUAUAAUACCCUUCAAUGUAUUUAUGAGAUGAGAUUUUCUACAGAGGAGUGUCAAAAGAAAUUCCCGCCCACCCGGACUUUAAGGGAUGGUUACGUUAACACUACACAAAUGUGUUACGGGCAAAAAGACGAAACAGGAAGUACUUGUGAGGUCAAAGCCAGUGGUCCUCUGACAUCUCAAGAUCAUGAGCAGUGUGUAUUUACGCUUAUAGGAGUUUUGUCAUUCGGGCGUUCCUGCACUGGGGGAGGUGAGCCAAGCGUGUACAGCCGCGUCAAGUAUUAUGUACCCUGGAUUGAAGAGAUUGUGUGGCCUUUUGUACAUUUUAUGUAA